AUGGCGGACCGGGACAGCGGCGGCGGGGCCGGGCCGGGCCCCGGGGGUGGGGCUGCCUCUCCUCCCGCCCCCGCCGGUGACCCCUCCAGUGUCCCCGCAGCUCCCGGGGCCCCCAAGGAGGAGGCGGAGCAGGACGCCGAGUCUCCGGUCUCGGACCCCGAGCCGGGCGCUUCGGCCGACGCUGACAUGGAGCUGCUGCGGACGCUCCUGUCCCGGACCCUGGGGCUCGGCGGGGACAAACCGGAGCCGGUGCUGGACGAGCUGAGCCUGCGGGGCGUGAGCCGCUUCCUGAAGAGCGAGCGCUGUAAGAACGUCGUGUGCAUGGUGGGCGCUGGCAUCUCCACCUCCGCCGGGAUCCCGGAUUUCCGCUCCCCCGGCACCGGGCUCUACUCCAACCUGCAGAGCUAUGACCUCCCCUACCCCGAGGCCAUCUUCGAGAUCGGUUUCUUCAAGAAACACCCAGAGCCGUUUUUCGCCCUUGCCCGUGAGCUCUACCCAGGGCAGUUCAAGCCCACGGUGUGUCACUACUUCAUGCGGCUGCUGCAGGACAAGGGGCUUUUGCUGCGCUGCUACACCCAGAACAUCGACACUCUGGAGAGGGUGGCGGGGCUGGACCCGGAGCUGCUGGUGGAGGCUCACGGCACGUUCUUCACGUCCCACUGCCUGCGGCCCUCGUGCCGCCAGCGCUACGGCCUGGCCUGGAUGAGGGGUAGGGGGGCUCUGGGGACCCCUGGGGGCCCCUCCUUGUCCCCCCUCCGGUGGGGGUGUCCCCACCUGCUCUGCCACGGGGUGGUAACAGCAGGUUGUUCUCCCCCAGUGCCUCCCAAAUAUCCCUGUGCCCCCCAAAUGUGCUUGUGACCCCUCUGAACCCCUGCC